AUGCCAUCCUUUGGCAGGCUUCAAGCCGCGCUGGCUUCUGCAACAAACGAGUUGACGCUUGCAGCGGCGAACAUCAAUUUUGACUUCACGCUAGUUAGAUGUGAAGUGCCGAAAGAAUUCGAACCCCUAGGCAGUGCCCUGUCCCAAACUAGGAAGGAGAAUGCAGAAGGGGGGACAGCGCAUAUCACUGCUCGCAGGCUUGGUGCGCUUUUCGAGGGCAUAAUUCAACCAACACCUGCUCUUGUCAAGUCAUAUGGUACACGGGUGUCUAAGGUCGCUCAAGCGGCCCAACAACAAAGCCCACCUGAGAUAGAGGAGAGCAUCUUUGCAGCGCAUGCUGGGGCAGAUGGUACUUCUAUCUGGGCUGCAGCAACAUCAUCUGCAACGGCUUUGCAUGUGCAGCUUCUGGCCUGUAUGCUGGCUCGUCUCUGGUCAGCUUCGGAGGCGACAUCAAUAUGGUUUGAGCUUAUCAAGGAAAGGAGGAAACAGAUCGAAGGAUUGUGGAACGAUGAUGAGCCUCUUCGAUUCGCCACAGUUGCUGCCGCAGCUCAGUCAGACAUAUCUCGCGCUAGCCUAGCUGAGUGGGACGCAAGUGUCCGCUCUUGGCUCCGAACAGCAGACCGGUUCAACCAAGAGCGCCAAGAUAAGCUGAUGAUGCUUCUUGACGAAGUAAACUUGCCCAUCAGUCAUGACACAGUCUACUCAAGUGUCAUAGCAGCUUGGAAGUCAGCCGCGGAGACCAUGGAAAGGCUUGUUGGGGGCAUGCCCCAGGCAGUCAACGAAGGCUCAUGCCUUCUUGCCCUGAGCGCCUGGCACCUGUAUCCUGAUAUCACUGUCGGAGGGUCAGAUAAGCCACCUCUCCAGUUCUCAGAUCCGCUUGUCAAGCCCGGUGGGUUCCUGACAUUGGGGCUCGCUCGUCCACUCAAAGGUGACGCCCAUGGUGUUUUCUGGUCCUUGUCGCUGGCGUAUCUGAACUUUUACGGUCGCCCCAUCUCCAGGAAGGCUAGGUUUGACACAGAGUCUCGCAAGCUAUCAUUUGACCAGUUCACCCAAGCGGUGUACGGUUCUCUCCUGGGACAUUGGAAUCUCACGGGACCUUUGGCACAAUACGCGUCUCGUAUAUUUGUUGCGAUGAAAAGGACAAUAGAACGACAGAUGUCUGCUGAUACGUCUGAGAUCGUGGCCACAAGGCUACGAGAUCCAUCUUCCGCUAUCAACAUCCUCUCAAAACUAGGAGCCGCCUACCUGGACGCGCAGCCUUUCCCAGAUGAUAUCAUCCACAAGCUCUUUGCCCUCGGCAACAGACGCGCUUCUAAGUUCAUUCCAUCCACGGGACUGAGGCCGUUCCUUGGACUUGGCGAUGUGGGAGAUCUUCUGAGUAAACUCAAAGGCCCAAUGGAAAGAGUUGCCCUGCUUCGCCGGCUAGCUCUCUCCAGUGACUAUGAUCCUGAUGCAUUCAUUAUCCGCUACUUUGACGACGACAUGAUAUCGGUUACUCCAACUGGACUGGAACGGUAUUGCGCGUUUGCCAGUGCACAAGCUCGCCGUAACCCCGACGGUCUCUCAUCAACACAUGGCCAAUGGGUUCCCAUAUCAUAUAUGGGGAAAUAUCAAUAUCUGGGAGAAGUGGUCACCGAGAUGACCGACCUCGACUGCCGCCACCUCAGUUCGAUGGGCAAAGCAAUCGCUAUGACAGCGACAGGUCCGACCGGAGAGGUAGUUAUCCAGGACUUUCAUUUUGUUUGUGGUUUAGAACGCAGUGCCGCCAUUUACAUGCAGGAGACAGCAAUUGAACGCCGUGCACGAAACGAAAUACUUCGCCCCGCCAUAAGAUCUUUAAUUAUAGAAGACAUAAUAUGGUGCUUGGAGUCAGAUUUCUGUGAUACAGAAAAGUUGAUUCAUAUUUUCCAUGAUGACCCGGCACCUGCAAGUAUGGCCUUGAGAGCACUGACCAUAGCUCACAAGGUUUAUCAAACGCUCCCGGACGCGGCCAUAUCUACUCGUUCUUUAGAAUCACCUUUAUAUCAAGCCAAGUGGGUCAAGUCUCUGCUAGACAAGAGGGCAGACCGAGAUCACAGUCUGAGACUCAGUAAUUCACUAUCGUGUGUGGCAUAUUUGGAAGGUGGAUUUGACUUGGAGCCAGAAAAUUUAGAGCGAGCGUUCGCUCUCGCUUUCGAAGAAAGUAUCUACUUCUCCAUGAAGGCAUGA